AUGUCACGAUCCGUAGACCCAGGCCAUUUCUUCCAGACCUCGUCCGCUCUCUCCGAGUCGGCGCGCAAAGCGGAGAAGGCCAAGAACGCCGCGGGCAACCCCAUCAAGCUCUCCUCGAAGCUCCUGGCCGUCGUUGCCGACCCGGAGGAUGACGGCCGCGUGUACGUAGCCGAGUCGGCGGGCAACGUGCGGAGAGUCGCGCUUGAAACGAGUGAAAUCUUCGCAAGCUUCACCGGCCCCACCGCGCCCGUCACCUCGGUCGCCGUCUCGCUGAAAGAGCGGCGCGUGCUCGCGGGCUGCUGGGACAAGACGAUCUGGUCGUGGUCGCUGGACGCGCCGCAACAAGACCGCAAGCAGCUGAGCGUGGGUGGGCACAGCGACUUCGUAAAGACAGUCCUCGUCUUCUCGCUCGGCGGGCGCGACGUGCUCGUCUCGGGCGGCGCCGACGGCGCCCUCUGCGUCUGGGACGUCCGCGACGCGGCCCUGCUCUACAAGCUGCCGAAGGCGCAUCCGCGCGCCGUGCUCGCGCUUGCCAUCGACCCCGCCAGCCAUAGCACGCGCCUCAGCCGCGCGGACCCCGCCGUCUCACUGGUGAGCGCGGGCAGCGACCGCGAGAUCCGCGCGUGGCGCCUCACCCGCUCCGGGGGGAAGCAAGUCGGUGUCAAGCCCCUCACGGCGCACGAGACGUCCGUCGACGCGCUGGCCUUCGACGCCGCCGACGACCUGUGGACCGCCUCGGCCGACCGCAGCGCAAAGUGCCUGUCGCGGACGCGCGCCUGGGCCGCCGACACGAGCCUCGCGCACCCGGACUUUGUGCGCGCCGUCGCCGUCGACGAGGCCGGCGGCUGGGUCGCCACGGCUUGCCGCGACGAGGAGGUCCGCGUGUGGGACAAGGCCGAGGGCAAGCUCUUCCACACCUUCUCCGGCCACUUCGAGGAGGUCACGGGCUUGGUGCUGCUGGAGCCGCAGCAGCUGCUCGUUAGCGUGAGCAUUGAUGCUACCGUGAGGCGCUGGAGCCUCAAGGGCCCGGAUCUGAAGCGCGCCAAGGAGGAGGCGGAGCGGGCGCGCGAGGGAGCCGACGCCCCUGAGGAGAAGGAGGGCAAGAAGGAGAGCUUGAUGACGGAGGACGAGGAGCGGGAGCUGGCGGAACUCAUGGAGGACGAUGAUUGA